AUGUGCGAAGAUACAAAAAAUCAUCUUUGGGCAUUACAAGAUAUUCUUGGACAUGGCGCUACAUCACAAGUCUAUAAAGCAUAUAAUAAAUUUACAGGUGAAUUAGUUGCAGCUAAAGUUUAUCAAGUAUCAUCGAAUUCUCGUUCACCACAUGUUGGUGAUGGAAAAGCUAAUCAAAAUCGAGAUUAUCGUCCUAUAUUAGAUCGAGAAUUAGAUAUACUUAAAUCAGCUGAUCAUGAAAAUAUUGUUCGAUAUAUUGCAUUAGAACCAGUUAUGUCAUCUGAUGCACCACAUACAUCUGAUAAACGUGAAGCUUUAUUAAUUGAAUAUUGUAAUGGUGGAAGUUUAAAUAAUGUACUUGAAUUACCUGAAAAUCGUUAUGGUUUAAUUGAAGUUGAUUAUAUGUUACUUUUUAAACAAUUAACAAAUGCAUUAAAAUAUUUACAUGAUAAAAAUACAAUUCAUCGUGAUAUUAAACCUGAUAAUAUCAUGCUUUCAAUUAAUAUUAAUGGUGAACGAACAUAUAAAUUAGCUGAUUUAGGUGUUGCUAGACUUAUUAAUGAAGGUGAAAAUGCAUUUACAUCACUUGUUGGAACUGAAGAAUAUAUUCAUCCAGAAUUAUAUCGAGCUGCUAUUCGUGAUGAUAGAACUGAUGUUUUACGAACAGCUUUACAAACACGUGUUGAUUUUCCAUUUGAAGUUGAUUUAUGGUCACUUGGUGUCACUCUUUUUCAAUGUGCAACUGGUGAACUACCAUUUCAACCAUUUGCUGGUACACGAAAAGAUCGAGCUGGUAUGAAACGCAUCUUGGAUACAAAACCAACUGGUUGUAUAUCUGGUGUUGAAAAUACACCCGGUGGAGAAAUUCAAUGGUCAAAAACCCUACCAGCAUCAUGUCGUUUAUCAGUAGAUCUUAAACAACGAUUAGAAGCUUUAUUACCGCGUUUACUUGAAUCGAAUAGAAAUAAAUUAAUGACAUUUAAAGAAUUUUUUCAAGAAACUGAUCGUAUAUUUAAUUUAAUGCCUAUCUAUUAUUUAAAUUUAAAACGAUUUACAUUAACAUGUAAUUACUUCGAACCAACACAAAUGAUAACAGAAUUAUAUAAUAAAUUACAUCAACAAAAUAAUGGUGAUCAUAAUGAAGAAUAUUAUUGUCUUUUUCAAAAUGUAUCCUAUCCAAUAUCAAAAAAAAAUCCAAUAACAAUAAAACAAUUUUGUGAGCAACUACCAAUUCCGACAUCACGUGAAACACCACUUGUAUUUUAUACAUUUUCACCUCUUAAAUCUAAUGAUCAAUAUAUUCCCUAUCUUCAUAUUCCUACUGUAAAACCAAUUCGACAAUUUAAUGAUGUUGCUGCUGCUUAUGAUUGGAGUAAAGAUAUGGUUGGAUUAUUUAUUUAUAUUAAAAAUCAAUUAAUUGAUUAUCAACAUAUUUUACAAACAGCACAAUGUUCAACAACAAUAAUGCAACAACAUUUAAAAACAAAUUUAUUAGAAUUUCUUUGUACAAUACGUUCGAAACUUAUUGUUUUUCGUGCGAUUGAAGAAUUAAAAAAUAUUCUUGAUCAGAUUGAUAGUAAUACAAGUAGUCAAACAACAUCAUCAAGUAAUAUAUCAAUGAAUUCGAAUAAUGGAAAUAAUUCUUCGAUGAGAACACAAUCAACUGGUGGAGGAGAAGGUGCACCAUCAAUUGGAUUCUCACAUUUAUUUAAUAAUGCUGCAUCAUCAAGUGAAAAUAGUUUAUCACCAGUAAUGUCACAUCGUUCACCAAGUGCUUCACCCAUGCAACUUAUUCAACAAAGUAUUCGUAUUUAUCUUCGAUCAUAUCUUCAACCAUAUGAGCAAUUAAAAAAAUGUGAACAAGAUAUAUUAGAUAUGAUUGAAAAAGAAUUUAGUGGACAAUUAGGUAUGCUUGAUGAUCAACAACCAUUUAAGAAUACAUUAUGGUUAUCACAAUUUACAAAAAUUUAUUCAUCAUGGAUUCAUCGAGCUGAUAAACAUCUAAAAGAUUUAAUGGAUCUUCAUGAAAGUUUUCGAAAAGAUCGUUUAUUAAAUACAUAUAAUCGUUUACAAAGUGAUUCACAUUUUCGUCGUCGAAAAAAUCUCGAAGAACUUCAUGAAAGAUAUGCUCAUUUUGCAAAUGAUGAAUGUUAUUCAAAUUUACUUCAAGGAUUUAAAGAUUAUAAUGAAUGGAUAAAAAAACGUUCAAAUAUCAUUGAUAAAUUUUAUUCAAUUCAACAAUCUUAUGAAAAACAAUGUGAAGAUAUUAUGAAUUAUAUUGAAAUGAUUGAUGAUCUUCGCACAGUUGUUUACAAAAAUAUUCGUGAAUUAGGUGGACCAUCAUCAUCAUCAUCAUCAAAUACAAAUGAAUAUCUUCAAGCACCAAUGCCAUCAACAAUUCUUUCUCAUCCACAACAAUUCACAGAAAAUGAUAGUUCUCAUUCUCAUCAAUUGGUGUCAGGUAGUGAAGAAGAAGAAAUGGAAGUCAAUGAUAAUGUUCAUUCAAAUAAUAAAACAUUAAUGAAAAAAAUUCGUGGAACAACAAAAAAAACUAUUCAACAAGCUGAAGAAGGUUUUAUUAGAUUAGAUCAUGUUAUAAAACAACUCCGUACAAGUAUUCAAAAAAAAUAA